AUGCAAUCCCAGUGGGUAUUUCCGAUAUCAGCACUUCGUCUCACACCGAGUGUUGUCACUUCAUCCUACACCGUCGCGAAGGAGUUGUAUGAUAGAUCUAGGGGUGUCGAAUUUUUGUUUCGUUUGGGUUCUUCCCUUGGACUGCCCACUUCCGCAAUGUUCACAGCGGCAACCUGGUUUCAUCGCUUUUUUAUGAGAUACUCCAUGGAAGAUUAUCACAGACAGGACGUUGCAGCUUCCUGCAUAUUCCUUGCAACAAAAACGGAAGAGUGUGGACGCAAGCUUCGCGACGUCGCAAGAGUCUGUCAGGCAAAGAUUACAGGGAAAGAUGUGUCCCUCAUACACAGCGAGAGCCCAGAAGUCGAUCAACUACAAAACGUUAUUCUUCUCACCGAAGAAGUCCUCCUCGAAGCACUAUGCUUUGACUUUGCAGCUCCAAGCCCUCACGCAGAAUUAAUCGAUCUUUUUGAUGCCUACCAGGAAGACUCGAGAGUUCACGAUUAUGCAUGGAGUAUUGCUCAUGAUUCUUAUCGGACACCAUUAUGCGUCUUAUUCCCUCCUCGCAUCAUUGCAAGUGCCUGCUACGUUCUGGCCCAGCGAGCUGUUGAUGGUCCUCAUUCGGCUUCUCUGGACGCCCGAAUCUCCGCAUCUCCACCUUCAGCAUCCCUUCCAACACCUCCUUCUCAUAAACCCGCUUCACCUGAUGGUUCUCGCUUUGCAGUCGAAUAUUACGGGUUCACAGAAGAAGACAUUGCCAAGGUCUCAGAUGCUUUGAGCAUACUGCUUGAAUACUAUUCGGUUCAAGACAUGCAGAACGCGCCUCAUGCGGGGCCUUUGAUGAUGAUCCCCCCUCCCACAAGCUCUCUGCGCCCAAAACUUUACGAACCUUUCUCUCAGGUUCCACAGCUAUUAUCGCAAUCGGUAUCUGUCCCCCCCGCAGGCACCAGUGACAGGACACCAAUUUCAUCAUACGGGGGUAAUACGCCCGCCAAGACACCUUUGCACGUUGCGGAACAGCCGGAAAAGGCCAUUCCAGAAUCAGCAAAGAAAGUGAUAGGCCGCUUAGAUCUAAGCUAG